AGGUACAGCUAUUCCAAAAUGACGGAAGUUUGCGACAUAGAUGCCAUGUUAAGUCACGUGGGAGACUUCGGUAAAUUCCAGCUCCUGCUGAUGCUCUUCUUCAGCCUGAUCAAUAUCCUUUCAGCGUUUCACUAUUUCGGGCAGACCUUUAUCAGUGUCGUCCCCGAAUACGAAUGUGUCUUUCCUGGCAACAAAGAAAAUGUGGUCAUAGACCAGUGCGAAUUAACGAUGUUUUCAGAGAAUAGUUCCCAGUACAGUAUUCCGUGUCCCAAUGGCUGGAACUUCAACAAGAAUACCACCUUCGGUUACAUCGGGAUCAUAGAAGAUCUGAAUUGGGUUUGUGCAGAUGAUUGGAAACCAGCUCUAGGACAGUCUGUGUUCUUCGUUGGUUCAGUUGUAGGAAGCCUGACGCUGGGAGUGCUAGCAGAUAUGAUAGGACGCCUUCAUGUGCUAAUCAUUGCAAAUAUGUUGGCAUUCAUCGGGAACAUUGCUACCAUUUUUUCCAGUAACGUUUCAAUUUUUGCUGUCAGUAGAUUCGUAGCAGGAUGCGCCACAGACUCCAAUUUCGUGAUGAUGUACAUAAUAGUAAUGGAAUAUAUGAGGCCGAACUUGAGAACCAUGGGCCUGAAUUUGUGCAUAGGGGUGUUCUACUGCCUUUCCUGCACUGCGAUACCUUGGGUGGCAGUUUUCUUGGGUAACUGGAGAUUCUUUUUGGUGUUCGUCUCGCUACCUCACCUGCUGGUACUUGGUUUCUACUUGACGGUGCCAGAAAGUGCCCAAUGGUUAGCUAGCAAAGGGAGAACCGAAGAAGCCAUCGACUGCUUCAGAAAAAUAGCCAAGAUCAACGGAUAUAAUAUUGAUGAGAAAGCUGUGGAAGGUCUCAGAGUCUACUGCAAGGACCAUAUGAACGUGAAAACGGAGCAUGAGAGUCUUCUUGGGUUAUUGAAGACACCUAAGCUCAGGCGGAAAACGCUCAUCCUCAUUUUCAAAUCGAUGGUGAUGACCCUUUGCUACGACGCCAUCUCCCGAGACGUGAACGGCCUCGGCUACUCCCCGUUCGUCGUCUUCUCGAUCACCUCCCUGACCAUCCUCCCGGCCUGCCUGUUCAUCCUGGCCGUGCAGGACAAAGCGGGCAGGAAAGCUCUGGCCAGCAGCUCGCUGCUGCUCAGCGGCAUCUUCUCCGCCACGUCUGGCGUCCUGAAAGCCCUGGCGGAAGACCCCGAUCCCAGGACGAUCGUUGUCCUGGCGGUGAUCGCCCGAUUGGGCAUCAACGUGGCGUACAAUUCGGGGGCGCAGUACGCCGUGGAGUUAAUCCCCACCGCGGUGAGGGGCCAGGGGGUGGCUGCUAUCCACGUGACCGGCUAUGCGGCCAGUUUCUUCAGCCCGCAGAUCUUGUACCUGGCCAGCUACUGGGCGCCAGGACCGUCUGUUAUUUUGGGGGGGCUGCUGGUUUUGGGCGCCCUGGCUUGCUUGUUUCUGCCGGAGACUCUGAACAGGGCUCUUCCGGUUACUUUGGAGGAUGGGGAGGAGUUUGGGGAGGGGGAAGGGGUUUUUGAUUUUGCUUGUUGUAGGGCGUCUAGCGAGAGUACCGUGGCUCUGGAUUCCGAGGGUUCGGUGAGGGCUUGACAGGGUUGGGGCAUGGGGCACGUUAAUUUUAUCGGAUUCGAU